CCCCUCCAUAGACCAUAGAGUCCCAUGAUCCCCCACAUCCCUCGCCCUUAUUUUAACACAGUUGAAGCGACCAAAGCCUCCAAGGUCCUUCCUACAUUGGGCACCUCGAGCGCGACUUACCCAAACCCGCCACCAUUAAUCUCCAGUGAAAAAGAGGGUAACUUCAUAUCAUUAAAAGCUCGGAUAUCGCAGGAAUUGGCGAUCUUUUAGUUGAAGUCCUUCAGAUUUGCAGUCUUGGGACACCUGUAAUGGCAGCUUACCAAACUGGCCCCGUGUCUGAGCCACCGAUGCUGAACACUGAGAUUAUCACUCAAAAAGUCACCGGGUUUAAUACUGAGACCACGACCAAAGAAAAGCCCAUAGGCUACCUUGAUGUUUUUGUACACCAAGCACGCGAUAUUCACAACAUAUGCAUCUACCACAAGCAGGAUGUUUAUGCAAAGCUGUGCCUCACGAGUGACCCAGAUGUGUCAUGCUCAACCAAGGUGAUCAACGGUGGUGGGCGCAACCCGGUAUUUGACGAUGGUCUAAGGCUCGAUGUGCGCACUGUGGAUGCUUCCCUUAAGUGUGAAAUAUGGAUGUUGAGCAGGGUGAGAAACUACCUGGAAGACCAGCUUCUUGGCUUUGCCCUUGUUCCUCUGGCAGACAUUGUAAUGGCUGAUGGAAAGCUUGUCCAGGAAUUCUCCAUGACAUCCACUGACCUGCUCCACACCCCUGCUGGAUUUGUUCAGCUGUCCUUGUCUUAUGUUGGAUGUUCUCCAGAUGUCAUCCCCAUUCCAGCACCCAACAAGUCAGCGUUAGUAGUUAACGGUUCUGGUAAUGAUAGCUCUGUCCCUUGCGAACUUGAAAAGAUUGAAUUCCCGGACUUGAAUGUGGUGAAUGAGAAUCAAAUUAUGGUCUCCAAGUAUUUCGAGAUGGAGACCUUGAGCUAUGAGGAUUCAGUUAAGGUUGACAACCCAAAGUUAGUGCAAUCUGAUGCAGCUGUUCCUGGUACUGAAUUAUUUAACAAGAAUCUCGAUGAAUAUCGGGAGGGAAGUCCUCAAAGUUGUGUAUCAACCACAGACUACUCCACAGCCACAUCUGUCACUCCACAUUCAGUUUCUGAGCCAUCAGACACCAUCCUUGCAGCAUCUCCCACUGGAAGCCAGAGGGAGAAAAGCCAGGAUGUUACCGAUGGCGAGGCUGAUUCUUCCGAUGUACCACUCAAGGGUGAAGUUGUCAAGCCUGUGAUCAGCAUUAAUCUCAACCCUGGUGAGUCUGUUGUUCAGGAGGACAUAGUUAACAUGUACAUGAAGAGCAUGCAGCAGUUUACUGAAUCCCUUGCAAAGAUGAAGCUGCCAUUGGAUGUGGAGAACAGUAGCCCCUCAACUGAAAACAACACUGACUCGAUUACAGCUGAGAAGCCAUCCCCAUCGAAGGGUUCUAGGGUCUUCUAUGGAAGCAGAGCCUUCUUCUAAGAUGCUGAUACUAAGUAGGAUCGUGUAUUAGUAUACAUGGUUCGUAUUUGUCCGACUGGCUGUCAUGUGUUUAAUAGUUAUAUAUAUGCUUCCUAAGUUUCUGUUGCUACAAUGAGUUUCUAGGACUCACUCUACACUUGUAUUGCUUACAAUGUCAUGGUCAGUUAAAAAUAUAAGCAUUUUGGAAUAA